CUCACAUAGUUUGCCUUCGCAUUUGAGGCGGCGCGGUGAACGCGCAUCACAUACAGUGCAUCAAUUUAAAAAAAUAUUUUUUUUUUUCAAAAAAGUUUUUAAUAAACUGCAAACACGUUGCGUUCAAGUGAGAGUGUUUCCAUCGUUGAAAGUUUGGCUUGCGACUUGAUUUUUCAUUACCAAGAACCAGAAGCCAAGAUGACCCUAGAACAGCCCGCUGGGGAGAUGUGGCAGAAGAUCCGCGAGGAGCUGAACGAGAACCCUGACACCCGCGACCAGGAUCUGGCACACAUCAAAGAGUGGCUCAAGAAGGAACCUCAUCUACCCGACGAAUUUGAUGACCAACGUAUCAUGACCUUCCUCCGCGGUUGCAAGUUCUCUCUAGAGAAGUGCAAGCGUAAGCUGGACAUGUACUUCACCAUGCGCUCCGCCGUGCCCGAGUUCUUCACUGACAGAGACAUCACUCGCCCCGAGCUUCAAGAAAUCACUAAAAUAGUUCAAAUGCCGCCACUUCCUGGUCUAACGCCUGAUGGCCGUCGUGUGGUACUUAUGAGAGGUAUUGAAAAAGAAGUGCAAACACCAAAUGUAGCAAACGCUUUCAAGCUAGCACUUAUGUUGGGAGAUGUCAGGCUCAAGGAGGAGAAGGAAGGCGUGGCUGGAGACAUUUACAUUCUGGACGCUUCUGUAGCCACUCCCAAUCACUUCGCCAAAUUUACACCCACUUUGGUGAAGAAAUUCUUAGUCUGUGUUCAGGAGGCAUACCCAGUUAAACUGAAGCAAGUUCACGUGAUAAACAUUUCACCACUUGUGGACAAGAUUGUUAAUUUCGUCAAACCAUUCCUGAAAGAGAAGAUCAGAGAAAGGAUCUUCAUCCACAGUGAUGUCAGCGAUCUUUAUAAACAUGUUCCACAGGAAAUGAUGCCGAAUGAAUAUGGAGGAAAAGCCGGUCCCAUGACUGAUAUUCACAAUGAAUGGGUCAAAAAACUCGAAGAGUACACGCCCUGGUUCACCGAGCAGGAACAAUACAAAGCAGAUGAAGCCCUAAGGCCAGGCAAACCUACCAACUAUGAUGAACUCUUCGGAAUUGAUGGAUCCUUCCGUCAGUUAGUCAUAGAUUAAGUUAAGUUUAUAAAAAAUAUCCGACCAAGUUUGAAUGGUACCUUUUUACAACCUUUUGUGGUUAGACUAUUGUUUUCAAUUUGUUCGGAUUUUAGCAUCUCUACACUGUCGCCUUCACACUUUUCUCUAAGUAUUUAAUACUCAAAAUGUAUUUUCAACCAAAGUUGAUUUGCUCAUUAAUGUUUUUUUGUUGUAAUUACCGUGUUUAUCACGUUUAUUAAAUAUUAAUCUUUAUACAA